CCCUGGGCCCGGCCCCCUCCCUCAGAUCUCCAGCCGGUGGCGGUUGUUGUUCAGCGGCGGCGGCGGCCGCAGCUCGGGUAGCAGCCUCCGGCCGCCCGCCCGCCCGCCGGCAGGUCCGCGCGCGGCCAUGGAGCUGGAGGUGCCGGACGAGGCGGAGAGCGCCGAGGCGGGGGCCGUGACCUCGGAGGCGGCCUGGGCGGCAGAGAGCAGUGCGGCAGCAGGUUCAGCCCCGAAAAAGAUGACCCCGGUGGAGGCCCCGUUGAUGACUGGACAGCCAGGCCCUGGCCACGGGAAGAAGCUGGGUCAUCGGGGUGUGGACGCAUCCGGCGAAACCACCUACAAGAAGACCACGUCCUCCACCCUGAAGGGGGCCAUCCAGCUGGGCAUUGGCUACACCGUGGGCAACCUGAGCUCCAAGCCGGAGCGCGACGUGCUCAUGCAGGACUUCUACGUGGUGGAGAGCAUUUUCUUCCCCAGUGAAGGCAGCAACCUCACCCCCGCCCAUCACUUCCAGGACUUCAGGUUCAAGACCUACGCGCCCGUCGCCUUCCGCUACUUCCGGGAGCUCUUUGGGAUCCGGCCGGAUGACUACUUGUACUCGCUGUGCAAUGAGCCGCUCAUCGAGCUGUCCAACCCCGGUGCCAGCGGCUCCCUGUUCUACGUCACCAGCGACGAUGAAUUCAUCAUCAAGACGGUGAUGCACAAGGAGGCCGAGUUCCUGCAGAAGCUGCUGCCCGGCUACUACAUGAACCUCAACCAGAACCCACGGACGCUGCUGCCCAAGUUCUACGGGCUGUACUGUGUGCAGUCGGGCGGGAAGAACAUUCGCGUGGUGGUGAUGAACAACGUGCUGCCGCGCGUGGUCAAGAUGCACCUCAAGUUCGACCUCAAGGGCUCCACGUACAAGCGGCGGGCCAGCAAGAAGGAGAAAGAAAAGAGCAUCCCCACCUACAAAGACCUGGACUUCAUCCAGGACAUGCCUGAGGGGCUCAUGCUCGAUGCCGACACCUUCUCCGCGCUCGUCAAGACGCUGCAGCGCGACUGCCUGGUGCUGGAGAGCUUCAAGAUCAUGGACUACAGCCUGCUCCUGGGUGUGCACAACAUCGACCAGCAGGAGCGUGAGCGGCAGGCCGAGGGCGCCCAGAGCACCGCUGACGAGAAGCGGCCGCUGGGCCAGAAGGCGCUCUACUCCACGGCCAUGGAGUCCAUCCAGGGCGGGGCCGCGCGCGGGGAGGCCAUCGAGACGGACGACACGAUGGGCGGGAUCCCCGCUGUGAAUGGCCGCGGGGAGCGGCUUCUGCUACACAUUGGUAUCAUCGACAUCCUGCAGUCCUACAGGUUCAUCAAGAAGCUGGAACACACCUGGAAGGCUCUCGUCCACGAUGGGGACACCAUCUCUGUCCACCGGCCCAGCUUCUACGCUGAGCGCUUCUUCAAGUUCAUGAGCAACACGGUCUUCCGGAAGAACUCCUCCCUCAAGUCCUCGCCGUCCAAGAAGGGCCGCGGUGCCUUGCUGGCCGUCAAGCCCCUGGGGCCCACUGCCGCCUUCUCGGCCAGCCAGAUCCCCAGUGAGCGGGAGGACGCGCAGUACGACCUGCGGGGGGCCCGCAGCUACCCCACGCUGGAGGACGAAGGCCGGCCAGACCUCCUGCCCUGCACACCGCCUUCUUUUGAGGAGGCCACCACCGCCUCCAUUGCCACGACCCUGUCCUCCACGUCCCUCUCCAUCCCGGAGCGGUCCCCCUCGGAGACAUCAGAACAGCCGCGGUACAGGCGGCGCACGCAGUCCUCCGGACAGGAUGGCCGGCCCCAGGAGGAGGCGCAUGCGGAGGAGGACCUGCAGCAGAUCACGGUGCAGGUGGAGCCCGCGUGCAGCGUGGAAAUCGUGGUCCCCAAAGAGGAGGAUGCUGGGGAGGGGGCGUCCCCGGCCUGUGCCUCUGCCGCCGUCGAAGUGGAAACUGCCAGCCAGGCCUCCGAGCCCGCCAGCCAGGCCUCAGACGAGGAGGACGCGCCUGCCACAGACAUUUACUUUUUCACCGAUGGGAGGUACUGGAUUUACUCUCCCCGGCAUCGCCGACUGCGGGCCGUGACGCUGAGCUCCUCAGGGACUCCCACCGAUGAGAGGAGCUGGGUGUACUCCCCGCUUCACUAUAGCACGCAGGCCCACCCCGCCUCCGACGGCGAGAGCGACACAUAAUUCCUAUGCAGGCACUGACGGAGCCGAGUGUCCGCUGCUGCCCUGGCUGCUCCCUGGGGGUGCUGCCCAUCCGCUCAGCCCAGAGUUCGGGAGACGCCCGCCUGGCCGCCGGCCCUCGCCCUCGCCCUCGCCCUCCCCUCGACGGCGCCGAAGCUCGGGCUGCAGCCAUCCCAAUCCGGGCGGCUCGCCUGGCCCCGGCUCCCCAUCAGCUCCCUGCGCCUGAUACUGUGAACCCUCCGUUUCCGAUCAUGUAUUUAUUUGGGGCCCUUAUUCUUUGCACAGACAUGGCAGCACACGUGUGUGUUUUUUUAGAAAAAGAAAAAGCCCCCCAAAAAAAAAACACCACACAAUGGAAAAGAAAAAACUCCAUUCCACUGCACUUCUGGUUCUUUGCUGUGCUUGCAUGUGUCUUGCUGAGGGAACCAGGCCCUAGGCUCUGGGGACCUGCACCCCAGUGGAAUCCAUUCCAAGUCCUGGCCGCGAUGGACGGUCCCCUGGGACAGAAGGGCCGCCGGGUCCCCAGGGCGCCACUGGAGGCCUUCCACCGCGCCUGCCAGGUGCUCUUGGCUCAGGGUUUUGGGCCAAGAGCCGGACACCGUCCUUGAGGGUGGCCGGGCGGUGGCUGGGGGCGCUGUCCACCCUGUCACCCCUGCUGCUCAGCAUCUGUUUCCCACCACCCACCUCCCUGGUGACCUUGAGCGGGAAUCACCAGGCGUGAUUAGAACCUCCAUGUGGACGCAAGGCCGCCCCCUCUCGGUGGAGCUCAGGGCCGUGGGCUUACCUCUCCUCCAGAGGACGGACCAAGCUGGGAGGAGGUGGCUGGGCCCUCAGCCCACGGGACUUCCCGAGAGCCGUGUCCUGGAGCAGAGCCCCCCAGUCAGGCGCCCGGCCUAGAGGACCAGACUCCCUUGAGUAAGAGGACUGAGCUGGGUGUCCUCUCUCUUUUUGAUGGUGGGGGCACCUGUGCCGAUUGAAGGACAGAAGAAAUUCUCGGUGAAAAACAAGUUUUUUUUUUUUGGAUGGUCAUCUUCAGCAGGGCAACCACUGCUGGGCCCAGAGCCCCACAGGGUGGCCGCCAGGGGCCCCUGCUGUGUCCACAGCAGGCUGCUGGAGCUGGCAGCUUUGCAGGGUCUCUCCCGCCUCUGGAGAGGGACACAUCGGGGAUGGUUUCCCCUGGCCUGCCCCGCCCUGCGUGGGAGGAGCUGCGAGCUAGCGUGGAGUGGAAGUUGCACCUUCUGGGAAAAUUUCUCCCCACCUUUGCCUCCCUGGUGGAGCCUGAGACAGCUGGAGAACCCACCGACCCAGGAAUUUGAUUUUUUGAGUCCAUUGCAAACUGCGUACACUGCUGUCCUCCUGCUCGGCGGGUCCCUCCUCACCUCCCCGGCACAGCCCGCUUCGUGCGCCUGGCCGGAACCUGGUGUCUAGCUGCGCCUCUCCUCCCUGGAGAACCGGGCUGCGCCCUGGGGGCUCUCCCCGCGCAGGGCCGCCAGGGACACUUCAGCACGAAGCGGCUCUGAGAAGAGGACCUGUCCGAACAAGCCUGCGGGUGUCCUGGGCUAGAAGCAAAAUAGCGUCCUCCCCUCCUGUCCUCGGAAGGUGUGUCCAGACUCCAGAACGUCCUCGCCUGGACUUCACACGGGCGCCCUCCGCAGCGCCUGCCCCGUUCUGUGCGGGGGUAGGCGGGCUGAGUGGGCAGAGGUCUGAAGGGGACGAACAGGGACUGCUGAGUCGCCCAAAAGCCGACCGGAGUCCCCGCCCAGGCCCCCAGAGGCCGGGCACAGAGACAUUGUGUCCCGUGGGGACCACCAGAGCAUCAGGCCCCACGUCCAGGGCGCCCUUAGCCACCUGGAGCUGCAGGAGCUGGGCCCCUCAGGCUUUCCUGAGUGAACCACGGAACAAAUGCACCAGUCGGAUGCGGACUUGGAGAAAUUUGCAAACCUGGUGAUCAAGACGUUUUCAUUUUUGUGCUAAGUCAUGAACACCCCUUUGAAGGCCCCCUUUGUGUUAGUUGCAUUCUUUGUCCCUUUUUCAGAGAACUGUCACACGGAUGCAAAGUGGUCUGCGGACUGGGCCGACUGGGAGGCAUGUGCUUAUGGUCAGGGCAAGGGUAGGAAGGCAGGACCUUAUUUAUCACGUGUAGUGAACUCGUGGCCUUCCCCAGACCCCCAGCAAGGAGGGCCCUGGACCCACCCAGCUGUCGCCCCCACCCCGCCCCAGGAUGGAAGUCUGCCGAUUCCUUUGUGGCGAUGUCCUGGUUCUGUCGCAGCUCGUCCCUGACGGCUGCUGUCACUGCGAAUGUGGGCACAAAUGUACAAAUGAAAGGCGUGUUCUGAGACUGACAAGGUGGAACCUCCGGUGUGUCCCCUGCUGGCCUCUGGCCUCUGCCAUCUCUUGCCCUCUCCCUCCACCACCUGGCUCAGUGCAAUACUCCCGUCCCACUGGGGCCCCCUGCCAUGGUACUGUCGCCACAGCCCCUCGGUCCCCACCCUGGGACGAGCACCCUUGGCCACCUUCUCUGGUGGUUCAGUUGCAUCGCCUGUUCCCAUCCCAACCCUGUUUUUAUGGCCGAACUGAUUUCCAAACACAAGGAAACUGCAAACCUUGUGUGUCUUAAUUCUCACCGGGGGUUCUGUGUGCUCAGCCCCCAUGGUCUGGUGUGUGACAAUCCGGGGCACAGCCUCCUCGGGCACAGGACGCCAUCCCGCUCAAACCCAGAGCCGUGGGCGCCUCUGUAACCGCAGCCACUGCUGGUCCCGUAACACUCAUAUGCAGCCCCGGAACCCCAACCCCCAGCCCCGCCGUCCCCCCCCCCUUUUUACGUGGAAGAGAUCUCUCUAAUAAAUCGGGUAAUAAGCGUCAG